GUAUAAGCUUUUCUUGCUUAUUCCAUGGCUCCAACACAGUCUUUAGUUUUCACGGUGAAGAGGCGGACGCCGGAGCUUGUUUCUCCGGCAGAGCCGACGCCUAGAGAAGUUAAGUAUCUAUCCGACAUUGAUGACCAGGACGGGUUGAGGUUUCAGAUGCCAAUCAUACAAUUCUACGGCCACCAUCCGUCCAUGAACGGGAGGGACCCCGUGAAGGUGAUCCGGGAAGCACUGGCGAAAGCUAUGGUGUUUUACUACCCCUUCGCCGGGAGGCUCCGGGAGGGUGUUGGCCGGAAACUUAUGGUGGAUUGCACCGGGGAGGGGAUCGUGUUUAUCGAGGGCGAUGCUGACGUCACGUUGUCGGACUUCGGAGAUGCCCUACAACCUCCAUUUCCAUGCGUGGAGGAGCUUCUUUAUGAUGUUCCUGGCUCCGGUGAUAUUCUCAACUCUCCUUUGCUUCUCAUUCAGGUCACCCGCCUGAGAUGUGGUGGCUACAUCUUCGCAUUGCGUCUGAACCACACCAUGACCGAUGCAUCAGGUCUUGUCCAGUUCAUGACCGCCAUUGCUGAAAUAGCGCGGGGCGCCCCUGCUCCGUCGGUGCUCCCAAUUUGGCAAAGAGAACUCUUAAGUGUGCAAAAACCUCCACGUGCCACGCCGGCGGCGUACACCCACCACGAAUACGACCAAGUUCCGGACUCAAAGGGAACCACCAUACCCACAUAUAAGAUGGUGCAGCGUUCUUUCUUCUUUGGACCGACGGAGCUCGCCGCUCUCCGCCGUCUCCUCCCCACCCACUUAUUCAACUGCUCGACCUUCGAGAUUCUAACGGCGUGCCUGUGGCGCUGCCGCACUGUCGCCUUCCGACCUGACCCGGAAGCGGAGGUUCGGAUGCUUUGCAUCGUCAACGCCCGGUCCAGAUUUAGUGACCCUCCCUUACCGGAAGGCUACUACGGUAAUUCGUUGGCGUUCCCGGUGGCGUUAACCACCGCGGAGGAACUGAUGAAGAAUCCAUUGGGAUAUGCGGUGGAGCUGGUGAAGAAGGCCAAAUCUGAUGUGAGCGAAGGGUACAUGAGGUCGGUGGUGGACAUGUUGGUACAUAGGGGGCGGCCACAUUUCACGGUGGUGGGGACCUAUCUUGUUUCCGACGUGAGACGGGUCGGGUUCAGCGAGGUAGAUUUCGGGUGGGGCAAAGCGGUUUACGGCGGACCUGCUAAAGGAGGUGUGGGUGACUUCCCUGGACUUGGUAGCUUCUAUAUACCAUGCAAAAAUGGAGUUGUAGUUCCAGUGAGCUUACCUACCUUUGCAAUGGAAACAUUCAUCAAGGAGUUGGAUGAUAUGCUAGUAAAGAGACACAAUGAAAGUUACACUCACAUCAGAUCUGCACUUUGAUUUCUUAGCCAAAUAAGAAUGGAGUAUAGUCACUACUAACUCACUAUCUUAAUUUUUGGAUUUGGAAUAGCCAAAAAAAAUUAGUUCAUACACUAUUCCAUCCCAUUUACCCCACCUUAUCAACUUUUCUUUCCAUCUUCCAAAUACUCUGUCAUUUUUCCUUUUUUCGCAGUUCUUAUUAUUUCUGUUACUAUUACAACAAUCUAAUUUUAAUUUCUUAUUUUAAUGUCAAAUGUGUGAUACUUCGUGAGAAAUUUAAAUGAUCUGUUCCAUUUGGUGAACGAUUGUGUGGUUGCCUGAGAGGUAACAUAACUUUAGAAUCAAGUUUAGCAAGAGGAAUAUUGUUGGAAAUAUGGCGAUAUAAAUAUAUGUACUUAUAAGUUUGGGAUAGUUUAUUACUACGUAACAUUUUAUGAUUAGUGGACUGGAAGGAUCUGCCUCAUUUGGAAGACUCUUGGGAGGAGUUGCUACAGUUCCAGUGCAUGUUUCCAGACUUUCAUCUUGAGGACAAGGUGAGUUUUGAAGGGGGGGAGUGAUAUACGAGCUCAACUUAGUACCAAAUUAAUCCCAAUAAGGAUUUUUCUAAGGUAUAUACCCAUAAGGGUAAAAGAGAGAAUAUAGUGGCAAAAAAGAACGUGGAGACAUAACUAACGAAGAGUGAGGGGUCAGGAUGGCGGAAAGAAGAGAAUAAAGAGUAACCGAAGAAAGAGUGGACGGCAGUUAGGAAUUUGGGCAAAACUUGGUGGGAGAGAGAUCCUCUCGAAUUGAUCUCAGUCUGUAUUUUCUUCUUUCAUUGCAUCUAUUUUUGGGUACGUAAACUAUGUUAUUGUAAUUCCAGACUUUCAGUGGCAAUAUACGUCAUAUUUAGU